AUGUUUGGAACAAUUCGCAAUGUAAAAGCGGAAACUCAGCGGAAAACUGCCUUUCGUUAUCUUUUAGUAUUAGUACUUGCUGUUUUCACUAUCCUGAAUAUUGAGGAAGCUCAAGGUAACUGCUAUAAAACAUGGAGCAGGUGCUCGGGAUGGAGUAGCUGGGGCACUGGAAGAUUGUGGAAGUCCUGCAAUGAUAGAUGCAGAGAGCUGGGUUACUCUGGUGGAAGUUGUCAGCUCUGUCCCAGCACUUGUUGGAUGAGCGACAAAGCUUACCAGUGCAGGUGUUUUGGAACCGGAUCCUGUUGA